CGAGCUAAGUGGAGCAAGGGUAGAGGAGGAAGCGUCUUCACUGGGCCGAGCAGGGAGAGAGAAAGAGUCUGCACCAUGAAGGUCUUUCUCACUCUACUGAUGCCCCUCCUGCUCUUUCUCAUUCUACCUGAUGGCACCUUGUCCAGUGAUUGCCCAAGUGACUGCUCCUGUUCCACACCAGGAUCUAUCUUGUGUUACCAGAGACGCUCCUCUUCCAUUCCCCAGGGAGUGCCCCCAUCCACAAAAAGCCUCUAUCUCUUUGGAAAUGGAAUUGAGGGCUUGUCCACUGAGGACUUUGAUGGUCUACAGAACCUGGAAAUGCUAGAUCUUAGUCAAAACAAACUGACCGUACUUCCUGAUAGAGUGUUUGAACCUUUGACCUCUUUGAGAAACCUGGACUUGUCAUCCAACCAAAUCACCCACAUUUCAGAGCAAUGCUUCCAAGGCAUGGCACUGCUUGAGCGUCUUUAUUUGUACAGUAAUCAUAUUGAGACCAUCCACCCUGCAGCAUUUAAUGGCUUGGAGCACCUGCUGGAGCUCAAAUUGCAGGGUAACCAGUUGACAUCUUUGCCUACACUCUCCAUGCCUCAACUGCUGCUGCUGGACCUUCGCUUUAAUGUCUUACCCACCUUGGGUCCUUCAGACCUCCAAACCCCAAAUCUAGAGUCACUAAAAUUGGGUGGGGUCGGGCUCACCAGCCUGAACAAGGAGCUCAUAGGUAGUCUGAUCAACCUCCAUGAACUGGACAUCUCGGAAAACCAACUGGAGACCUUUCCCCCAGUGCUGAAGGAGACUCAGGGGCUGAUUCAUCUUAGCCUGGCUGGGAACCCAAUGGGUCCUCUUACAGUUCAGGACCUGCAGAACCUUGGGGAGCUGCAGGAGUUGGACAUUAGCAGCCUCAGUCUGCAAGGCCUCCCUGAAGAGUUUCCGCAGCUCUUCCCCCACCUUAGAAAGCUCACAGUGGCAGAGAACCCCUUCAACUGCCUUUGCACCAUGGCCUGGUUCCCAAGAUGGCUGAGAGCUCAAAGUAUCACCCUGGAGAGAACAGAGGAAACCCGCUGCCAUUUCCCGCCUAUCAAUGCAGGAAAGGUAUUGGAGAGACUGGAGCACAGCCAUUUUGGCUGUCCUACCACAACUACAGUCACUACUAGUACUGUCAAAACUACUACUACCCUGCCUGUUCCUGUCACUACACUCCCAAGUACAACUAGAGCUGUUGCAGUCCCGAAGGCCAGUGACAGCCCCACAGACAAAGAUUAUGACUACCCCCUGCCCCCUGUCCCUCCAUCCCCCAGCAUGGGCUCAGACGAGGAGCAGCAUUUCUGCCCCUCUCACACCUGCCUGCAUGGGGGCACAUGUCGUUUGGACCUGCAUGGUCAGGUAGAGUGUACCUGUCCACCUGGUACCUCUGGCAUGUAUUGUGAAACCCAAAACCAUCACCCACCUUCACCACCAGAAGCUGAAAUCCCCAUGGCAACUGUUACUGCAGAUGCCCCAGACAUCAGCUCACGUCAAGCAACAUCCACGUCAAUCCUGCUGGACCUCCACCGCUACAUUGAAAUGCGGCCUUAUAUCCGUGGAAUCCGCCUUACCUAUCGCAAUCUCUCUGGACCAGAUCGCAGGCCGAUGCAACUCAGCCUACCAGCAUCCUACCCAGAGUAUAGACUGAGAGGCCUGAAGCCCAACUCCACCUACACUGUGUGUGCCAGUCCACUAGGUGCUCCUAGUGGCACAGACAGUGUCUGCACUGAAGCCCGUACAGCUGAUGAAAAGAACGUCAGCGUCACAGGAGCACAAAUUGAGGAUAAGAGGCUCACCACAAUGCUGGUGCCUGCAAUUGCCAUCUUGCUACUGCUGGUACUGAUAGCAACAGCAGUGGGAGUGGUAUGUUAUCUCCGUAGGAAGAGGGCCAAAGGCCACCUGGACCUAGAAUGUGAACCCUCACAGCUAGAGUUGGAUGGAGUAAAGACUGGUUUGGACAAUGGGGCACUGCCUCAAAAACAACCCCAGCUUAUGAUCUCUGAACCUGCUGUUCAAAAUGGCAAUCUGGAAUAUGAGGUUUUGCUACUACAGGACCACUGUACUUCAAAUAAAAAUGUGUCCUCACACAAGCCUUCCUACUUUUGACAUCUGGCUCAGUGCUACUCGGGCCUCAAGAAAGAUUUAAAUUCCUCAGCUCUGUUCUCCCCACUGGUGAAAUACAGAGACCAGCAACUGCUGCUGUGUGGAGGAGAGAGCAUCAGCUAGCCAACCAGCAAAUGAGAAACUGGUCAUAAUUUGACUCAAUGUCCUCCAUUUGUCUAAGUAGACAUUAAACAUGUUCGAACUUUAAAAAGGAUUGAAAGUGCCUCUACUCUAUCUACAUGCUUCAUUCUGCUUAAACAAUAUUUCUUCACUCACAAUGCUGGAUUGGCAACCACUCCCAUGUUAUCAGCAGCAGGUCAAAGGCCAAAUGAUGCUGGAACAGAUGGUGUGUUGUCAUUGGCUGAAAUUUAAGGUCAAGGGACAUACUGGCCUCACGCCCUCCUUUAUCUGUUCAUAAAGGAGUGUGUGCUGAAAUGGGGUUGUGCUACCAGCCCAACUAAACACUUUCAGCUACAUGUAGUAACUCCUCAGUACUACCCCAAAGGGAUCAGUGCUUGCUGUGAAUUGCCUUUAAGACACUAAAUGAAGUUGUGCAGAGAAAAUUGCUGAUGCUUGUAUAGCUUUAUUUGGCUCUAAAACUUGUGAUUUUUUGUUUUGUAUGUAUGUAUGUUUUGUUUUUUUAUACUUGUGUCUUUUUGUAUUUUCUUAUUGUGCAACAUUGUGACUGUUAACAGCCCUCUAAACCUCCCACCCCCACCUCUUGUGACCAACAGACAAAAAAGUAGAUUAAAAUCUUUGAAGAUUAAAACUCAUUUGGUACCAGCAAAGUCAAUCAAAGAGCUUUGCUCCCAGAAUGUCAGACAGUCUAAGUAGAUGUGAGUCUGGACAGACUCAAGAGUAAAUCCAUUCUGAAGCCCUCAGCCUGCUUCACCAUCACAAAGGAAGAAGGUAAGCAGGAUUACAAAAGUUACAGAGGAAAGCAGUUGACUGAAUCCCUUCUGUUUCAGCACUGCACUGAUUUAACCAGUUAGAGCUUGCAUCAAUUACUGUAAACACAUACAUGACUACACCACAGCAUAAGAGAACAUCAUUGACUUUAUUUAUUUUUUAAUUUUCCCUGUAAGGGAAACUGUUUUAUCCCUCAACCACAAUUCACAUAGGAGAUACUACUUUGCCUGGCCCACAACAAGCAAAGCAAAUAGUGCUUGUGUAUUGUGUUUCCCUUAAGUAAAAAUAGACUGCUAGGGGUAACACAGUGCACAAUUUCUCCUUGGCAAAGAGGGUCCAAGUUUUGCUCACUUACACCUAACCAGACUAUGAAAGGCCCAGACGCACAGCACACCCUAUUAAUAAUGUUGAUACUAUUGUGUGGAGGACAAUGAAACUUUUAAAGGUUUUAUGUAAAACACAGAGAGCUGACAUCCAAAUCUGUGAA